GGCCGCCGCCGGCCGGGACCAGCGCUCGCCUCUUCAUCCCGGCCGGGCGGGGAAGGCUGCGCCCGGCUAUGUUCGAGACACAGGGCAGAUCCGUGGGGGGCCGCACUGGCACCACUUCCCCACGGACCACCCCGAGCAGCUCCCCAUCGCUGAGGAAGCGCCUCCUGCUGCUGCCCCCACGGCCUCCGCCAGAGUCACCCCCCGAGACCAUGGUGGAGAAGGGGUCAGAGAACCCCUCGGAGCGGGCUCCUCAACCGGGGCCUCCGCCCAGCACCCCCCUCAACUACCCACUCAGUGGGCGCAGCUUCAUCCGCAACAACAAGAAAAUGCAAAGCUGGUACAGUAUGCUGAGCCCCACGUACAAGCAACGCAAUGAGGACUUCCGCAGGAUCUUCAAGGGGCUUCCGGAAACCGAACGACUCCUCGUAGAUUACUCCUGUGCUCUGCAGCGUGAUAUCUUACUCCAGGGGCGGCUCUACCUGUCGGAGAACUGGAUCUGCUUCUACAGCAACAUCUUCCGAUGGGAGACCACGAUCUCCAUCCAGCUGAAGGACGUGAAGUACAUCAAGAAAGAGAAGACGGCAAAGCUGAUCCCCAACGCCAUUCAGAUUUGCACUGAGAAUGACAAGCAUUUCUUCACAUCAUUUGGGGCCCGCGAUCGCUCCUUCAUGCUGAUUUUCCGCCUCUGGCAGAACGCACUUCUAGAAAAGACACUGUCGCCCCGGGAGCUCUGGCACAUCGUCCACCAAUGCUACGGCUCCGAGCUCGGCCUCACCAGCGAAGACGACGAUUACGUCUCUCCCAUUGAUGAGAUCAACGGUUUGGGAAGCCCCAAGGAGAUCGGGGACGUCAUAGACCUCAGUGACUUGACUUCUCGCUGCAGCACGGACCUCAAGCUGGAUGCCAGUCCCCUCUUGGACAAAAGGGAUGCCAGUCAGAGCAUCAACUCGCUGGCCAGCAGUAGCGACGGGACCACCUCGCUGGCCGAGGACCCGGAGGAAAACACGGACAGCCAGGUAGAUGCCUCGUCCAGCCACACAGUGACCUCAACGACAGAACCCCUCCGAGAGGAUGUCCCCCAAGGGCCGCUGGUGGCCCCCCCGGAGGGGGAGCCGGUGCCCAGCGAGGAGCUCCCUACUGACAUGAGCAAUUCCUCCUCUUCCACCCAGGAUGAAGCUGAAGUGGACGCCUUCUUCUCAGACCUGCCGGGGCGGCUUCUUAUUAACGCCGUUUACCACGUGGGAGCAGAGAGGCUGCAGCAGAUGCUUUUCAGUGAUUCCCAGUUCGUGCAUAACUUCUUCGACCAGCGCAAAUUCACAGACGUGACGCUGACUUCGUGGAGCGGUGACAACAAGUGCCACCAAAGCCGGGUCAUGUCCUACACCAUCCCCAUCAGCAACCCGCUGGGACCCAAGGCGGCCACCGUGGUGGAGACCCAGACGCUGUUCCGGGCCAGUUCGAAAAACGAGAGCUGCGUGAUCGACUCCGAAGUGGUAACCCAGGGCAUCCCCUACCAGGACUACUUCUACACGGCGCAUCGGUACUGCAUCACUGCGGUGGCCAAGAGCAAGGCCCGAUUAAGAGUCUCCUCUGAAAUCCGGUAUCGGAAACAGCCUUGGAACCUUGUGAAAGCACUCAUCGAAAAGAACGCGUGGAGUGGUGUGGAGGAGUACUUCCAGCACUUGGAAUUGGCUCUGGUCCAGGCCGAGAAGGCCCUUCUUGAAGAGAGCUGCCACGGCAAGGAGCCACGGGGCCUCUUGUCUGGACUGCGCCGCCGAAAACGUGCUCUGAGCUGGAGAGCCCCCCACGUUGAGCCCACCAUCUCCACGUUACCAGACGGCGAGGGGGCGUCCCGCACGAUGCAUCCUUCAGGCAGCCUUACCUCGAGGCUCUCCGAGCAGCUGUCGGAGCACGGGCAGAGCCAAAGCGUCUCUACUGUGAUCCUCAUCAUCAGCCUGGUCUUGGUGGUCCUGGUGAUCCUCAACAUGAUGCUGUUCUACCGGCUGUGGUCGUUGGAGCACACGGCCCGGACUUUUGAAUCCUGGCAGGCGUUUGCACUCUCUAACGGGAAGCUACCCCAGACGGCAUCGGAAUGGGCUGAGAUCCUGGAGCUGCAGAAGCGGUUUCACAGCGUGGAGGUGCAGAAGUGGAAACAGAUCCUGAAGGCCUCCGUGGAGCUCCUUGAUGAGAUGAAGGUUUCCCUCGAGAAGCUGCACCAGGGCAUCACCGUGGCCGAUCCCCCAUUGGAGCCGUAGUGAACCUGCGAUGACUCUCCUCUCCAGAGGACGUCGGUGGGGUUUGGGAGACAUCCUGGCCCUACCGGGCCCGAGAACUGACUCGGAAGUGGCUGCUGGAGCAAAAGCACCCUGACCCGACGGGUGCGUGUUCUUUUUUGGGGGGAGUGAAAGACGCCUUGGUCCUGGCUCAAUUGUCCUCUGGACCUUAUCAUCAAGAGUGCCACCGACAAUGAUGGAUUUUCCCCCCUUCCUGCUUCUGGGAUCCUUUGGACCAGAUCCCUUUUCUUUCUCUCCCUCUCCUUUUCUCUCUGAGGAUCCCCGCAGCGACCAGUUUCCUCCCCUCCCCUUUGAAGUGCUAUUUAUAUUCCCCACAGGACCCCAGAGGGCUCUUAACUUUCAUUACCCUGCCCCCCCCCCCACUUCUUUCUUUCCAGCUGUUCUUCUGGGGACGGAGGGGGGCAAGAACGGAAUGGGCAGGAUCCCGUCCCCCCCCCCAUGUCUAAGCUGCACAUUAAGACUUCACUCAACAGCUGGGUCCAUUUCCCUCCACCUUGUGACCCGGCUCGGUGCCCCCUCUCCUUUCUUCGCUCGCGCUCAAGCGCUCAGGGCCAGAGGCCUCAGUGAGGAAACCGAGGCAGGGUGCGUGAGUGGAAAGUUUGAGAUUGCUUUCCUGGUUUACCCUCUUUCUGUUCCUAAGGAAGGAGGGAUCGUUUUACUUAAAGGGGUUUGCUAAAAAAGAAGUUACCUCUGAGGGGGGGAAAGUCAGACGAGGCCUGUAGGAUUACAUUGUCUCACGCAGUUGGGGGUGAGGUGGGGGACAGGGAUUCGUGGUUUUAGAGUCUGGGCUCAGCUGGAACAGCAGCCAGACCGCCCCAGUCAGCCACAGGCCACGUCCAACGAUGCUUCCAUUCGCAAAGGGGCCUGCGCUGUGAGCAGCUGCGAGUCCAAGCCUGUUCCGGGCCGUGCGAUUCAGAACAAAAAGGGACCCUGAUUUUUUUGAGGGGACCCACUUUUGCUGGGCUGACCUCCCCCCCCACCCUUGUUUCACGAGCAAGAAGAAAAAGGGCUCGAUCCAGCAUUUGGAAAGAGGGGCGUUGGAUGCAUCCCCCGCAAAUGCAGAAUUGGAAGCUUGGAAUCAGGUCCGGGGUAUUGUUUUGGUUCCGAGAUAGGGAGCGCCACGUUCCCCAAAUCCCUAGUCGAACAAGACUCCUUUCUUACCCCGUCUGUCUCCCCAGGCACUGAUGAACCUCACCUUCCUCAAGCGUUACUGUUCCCGUCACUUUAAAAUGAGGUUUCACUGCCAGUCUGGGGCCUUGCAGGGCCUUCAAAUACUGCCUGGGGGGGACGGUGUUCCCCGUCUUGAAAUCCGCCCUCUCCUGGGGAGGGGCGCGUGUCUACCCGCCCUCUGUUCUGUGUCCCUGAAAGCUCCAGAGGCCCCAAGUUUCUGAUCCCCCCCUUCCCUCUUCCCACCCAGGUUGUGGUGGGCUUCUCCACCCCCCAUUUCUAGUUGUGUUCAGUGUUAAUGAUCUUGCACGCUCAAGGUUCCAGAGGUGCUGGGGCUUAUUUAUUAGGGAGCUGAAUAAAGACCGUGGAUCGGA